AUGGCAGACGCACAGCACCAGACUCCGGCCAUCACAAAGGCGUGCGACUUGUGCAGGAAAAAGAAGAUACGUUGCCAGCGCACCCCGGAUGGUGGUUGUGCGCAGUGCACGCGGGCCAAUGUGGCCGACUGCCACUUUACACCAAUUGCCACGAAGAAAAAGGCGCGGCGCCCUCCCGGACACAAGCAGAUUGCCAUCCUCGAGGAGCGUCUUAGGAGGACUGAGGGCCUUCUGCAAGAUGCCGUCGGGAAACUUGGCACAGAGCCAAGCCGCAGCGAGUCGAAAUCAUCAACUCCCAGCUCUACAAAUCCUGUCCAACAUCCAUUGGCCAUGAUGGAAGAAAAUCUGGCGCAGCUGUCGCCUCCUCCACAGAUACUAACCUGGAAGGGCAUGAUGGCCCUGGGCCCGUUCUCACUCCCUUCGUUUCACCCAUUGCCGCCCCAUAAUGUCGCUAUCGAGCUCGUCGAGGAGGCAUUUUCCGGCUUCUACGAUUUCUAUCCUCUUUUCGAUAAGAGCGACUUUCUACUGCAAUUCCGAGCCAACUACGCACACUCCUCAAGUUCCACUGACCCGGCCUGGUGGGCAUGCAUCAACACGGUACUUUCUCUAGCAUAUCGCCUACGGGCCAUGCGCGCCGUACGCACUUCCGGCGACCUUUUCAAAGAGAGCCAAGGCGCAUGCGGGCACAUCCACAAUGCGCUCGCCGUCCUAUCCGAGCUCCUUUUGCUUCACGAUAGCUUCCCCGCCGUCCAGGCGCUCGUAGGUAUGGCUGCCGUGCUGCAGGGCACGCCGAACCCACACUCUGCCUCGGUGCUCGUCACUGCAGCUUUGCGCAUGGCGCAGGGUAUGGGCUUCCAUCGCAGGACGUGCCGCGAUGAUAUGGCCAACAGCACGCUCUCUGAGGAAGAGAAGGCACAGCGUCGGCGUGUGUUUUGGAUUGCAUUCUGCAUCGACAAAGACAUUAGCCUCCGCACGGGUCAACCAUUUGCCCAGGAUGAUGAUGACAUGGAUCCUGCUCUGCCCCCCGCUUUAAAAGGCGUGUCCAAUGUUGCUCACGGAAUUUUCCAUGCGCGCAUCGGGUUGGCUGUGAUCCAGGGCCAGAUUUACAAGAAGCUGUACUCGGUGCAAGCUUCGCGCCAGUCCGUGGCCGAUCGCGCCGCUGUAGCAGACGAGCUCAACUUGCUCCUGCACUUCUGGAAAAGCAGCGGUGCUAUGGUGAUGGACGAGGUCGGAUUGACGGGUGAUUUAUGUACCACAGGGCAUCUUCACAAGCUGAUCUUGCGCUUUACGUACGUCAACUGUCUCGCAAUGGUCGACCCGUAUGUCGCAAUGCCACAAAAUCUACAAGAGAGCAGCUGUGUUUCCGAGGCACGUGAAGCUCUGCCCCUUAUACGGAACGUACCUCGGGGCGAUUUUUUUGUCACCUGGGCUCUUCUCCGACCACUGUUUUCUGCCGUCACCGUUGUUCUCGAAAACGUGAUCCGUAACCCAGGAGGAACAUACGCACUGUCGAGCUGCGUAGCUGUGGAGCAUGCGAUACAACUCCUCAGUAUGCUCGCCGCCAACAACUUGACAUGCUCGAGGUCCCAAGAGGCACGGCACAUGUAUCCUAUCUGCCUAGACCUGCACAUUCGUGCAAAUAACGCAUUUCAACAGGUAUCUCUUAACGCAUAG